AUGUCAUCCAAACCCCUUCCUAGUUUUGGCGACAAAUUAAAAAACUUUUCAUACAAUGCUUGUAGUGACACUCUAACUGAUGAAAAUGGGCCAAGUAAGGCAUUAUUGCUUCUGGCAAAGUCUCUUAAAAGAUCGCCACCCUCUCUUAAUCCUACAAACGAACUCGAAGGCCUCCCCAAUGAACCUUUAAAAAAGAAACAGAAAAAGAAAAAAGCAUAUGUCGGUCCUGAAGCUUACUCCCAUUUAUCACAUCUCACACCUCUGCUUCGCGAAAACCUCAUUUGUGUAUUCGUAGGCUUCAAUCCAGGUAUUGAGACUGCAAUCCAAGGACACUAUUAUGCCCACUGCUCCAACCUCUUUUGGAAACUCAUAUAUGAAUCUGGCUGUGUGAACCGUAAAGUCUCCUUCAUAGACGACCAAAAACUCCCAGACGAGUUUGGAUACGGCUUUCAUGACCUUGUCACAAGGCCAACAAAGGGUAUAGAUGAGCUUUCUGCAAGCGAAAUGCUAACCGCUGUCCCGACCCUGGAAGCCGACCUCCAACCCUUUGCGCCGCGCAUAAUAUGCAUAGUUGGUAAAGGUAUCUGGGAAAAAAUUUAUCGCUUCAAGACACAAAAACCUUUAAAAUCUUUUGAAUGGGGGGUCCAAUAUCGACCAGGUGAAAAUGACACAAGAGGAAUCCCUUUCCUAUUUGCUGGUGGAAAAUCCAUCAUUGUGGUUCUACCGUCCACUUCUGGUCUAGUCACAUCUCCUUCGCGCUCUAAAAAAACCGAACUUUGGAAAUCGUUGGCACAAGAGAUUGAAACCCUUCGUCAAGAAAAUAAAAGCUCCAAAACACCUGUAGAUUAG